AUGCAAACACUAGGUAGAAGAUCAAUUGCUAUCCGUGCUUGUAGACAAUUCAAGUUUACAAAAGCUUCAAAGAGAGCUCUUACAACAACUACUUUCUCAAAAUCUCGUAAUUUUAAUAAUUCGAAGAAUUUACGUAAUUCUUUAUUAUUAGUUGCUUCAGCUUCAUUUUUAUCAUAUUAUGCGUGGAAUCAAUUUAAUCAUCCUUCUUCAGAUUUGAUCAGUAACGAUAAUGGUCAACCAUCAAAGAAGAAACCUAUCUCUCCAGAUGAGGUUGCUAAACACAAUAAACCAGAUGAUUGCUGGGUUGUAAUCAAUGGUUAUGUCUAUGACGUCACAUUUUUCAUUCCAAACCAUCCAGGUGGUGAAGAUGUCAUUAAAGCAAAUGCAGGUAAAGAUGUCACAGCUAUGUUCAUGCCAUUACAUGCAAAGGGUACCCUCGAGAAAAAUAUUCCAGAGGAUAAACAAUUAGGUCCAUUAAGUAAACCAAUGCCCAAGAAACUCGUGUGUCCUCCUUAUGCACCAGGUGAAUCUCCUUAUGAAAUUAUGACUAAACAAAAAUUGAGAGAUAAUAUGCCUCCUUUAGGUAACAUUUUAAAUUUGUACGAUUUUGAAAGAUUGGCUUCAAAGAUUUUAACUAAUCAAGCUUGGGCCUAUUAUUCUUCUGGUGCAGAUGACGAGAUCACCUAUAGAGAGAAUCAUAAUGCUUAUCAUAGAAUUUUCUUUAAACCACAUAUUUUGGUCGAUGUCGAACAUGUCAAUUUGAAAACUACUAUGUUAGGUGAAACAACUGAAGUUCCAUUUUAUGUAAGUGCUACUGCUUUAUGUAAACUAGGGAAUCCAGAAGGUGGUGAAGUAGAUAUUGCUAAAGGUUGUGGUACUACAAAAUACUCUGUACCUCAAAUGAUUUCUACUUUGGCAUCAUGUUCUCUUGAUGAAGUUGCUGAGGCUAAAGUUAAUGACAAACAAUUACAAUGGUUUCAAUUAUAUGUGAAUUCCGAUAGAAAGAUCACUAGAGAUUUGAUUAAACAUGCAGAAGAUCUAGGUUUAAAGGCAAUCUUUGUCACUGUUGAUGCUCCAUCUUUAGGUAACAGAGAAAAAGAUCAAAAGAUCAAAUUUACAACUCAAAGCACUGGUGGUCCAAAAAUCUUACAAAAGAAAGAAGAACAAAAGAAAGAAAAUAAUUCUGAUGGUGCUUCAAAGGCUUUAUCUAAAUUCAUUGAUCCAUCUUUAUCUUGGGAAGAUAUUGCAAAGAUGAGAAAAUUGACUAAAUUACCAAUUGUUAUCAAGGGUGUUCAAAGAGCCGAAGAUGCCGUUAGAGCCGCUCAAAUGGGUUGUCAAGGUGUCGUAUUAUCUAACCACGGUGGUAGACAACUGGAUUUCUCUAGAGCCCCAAUUGAGGUUCUAGCUGAAACCAUGCCAAUCUUGAAACACCACGGUCUAGACAAGAACUUCGACGUGUUCGUUGACGGUGGUAUUCGUCGUGGUACUGAUAUCUUAAAGGCUUUAUGUUUAGGUGCCACUGGUGUUGGUCUAGGUAGACCAUUUUUGUAUGCUAAUUCAUGUUAUGGACAACAAGGUGUUGCUCAUGCCAUUGAUAUCAUUACAAAGGAAUUAGAAAUGUCUAUGAGACUAUUAGGUGUCAGCAAGAUCGAGGACUUGAAUCCAGGUUUCUUAGAUUUAACUUCAUUACAUUCAAGAAGUGUUGCUGUCGCUAGAGAUUCUCUAUAUGAAAAUGCAUACAGAGAACCACAAUUAGCCAAAUUCUUAAUUGACGACGAUGAUUAG